AUGCUACAGAAACUAUUUGACAAAUUGGUCCUCUUGAAUACACGAGACGCCGGCCGCCACAGGCACAGCAAUGCAGUUGUAGACCAGGGCCCAAGCGAAGUUGAACUUGAUGUGGCGGAACACCACGCGACUGAGGUCGACUACUGUAAGGUCAGGAGUGACGUGAGUCCCGGCGACACCAGCACAAAUUCGGCCGCAGAGAUGGCAAGGGAUCCAAUGGCAAUGCCAAAGUCAGCCGCGCGUGAUAUCAUUCUGCAGACGGAGAGGGAUGCUACAUCCAUUCUUUUGAGUGACUGGACACAUGAGCUUUCGGACACCAUUUACGCUCGAUACUUUGAGACAGGCGCUUUUCCAAAUUGCGUCGACAGCAUCCUUGCCAAUGGAUUCGGGAGGGUUGAGUGUUUACCGGAGUAUAUGCUCCAGGCAGGACCCAAUAUGGGAUAUGAAGAUAUGAACCAGUCUUCUUCAUCAAUGAUGGCAAUGUCAAUGGCAAAACGAAUGGACAUGGACAUGAGCAUGGACGCAUCCGCCACGUCUUCUCAGAUGUCAACAGGUACAAUGGCUAUGGAUACGACCGUGGAUAUGACUAUGUCUAGCACUUCUAUGGCCGCAAUGCCGAUGUCAGCUACAAUGACGAUGUCGGACAUGUCACCGUCCAUGACUUCAUUGAGUCCCCGUGGCUGUAUGCUGCCAAUGAUGUUUAGGCAAGGCUACAAUGCCAGUUCACUCCCACCUGAGACCUGCACCAAUACUUCAUCGUCCUUGCUCACCAUCCCUGCGAAUCACUCGCGUGGUUGGCUCGCGCUGAAUCUGGUUAACUCCGGUGCAGUCAGCAAGUUACAUGUCUCUCUGGAUGCACACUCUAUGUUUGUCUAUGCUGCCGACGGAUUGUAUGUGGAAAUACAGGAGGUGAAGGUCUUGGAACUAGAGAUCGGCCAACGGUACUCAGUGAUGAUUCGACUUGAUCAGAAACCGGGGAAUUACUAUCUCAGAUUCGCAUCAUAUCCCAAUGGCGACAUGCAACAAGUGCUUGAAGGGCAAGCUAUUGUGUCCUAUAACAUGAGCAUGAUGAGCAGCAGGACUCCAAUGAACGUCACGGUCAAUCCCACAACCAUUUGGAUGUUGACCAACGGAUCAGCCAAACCUGAUACCAGCGUACUUAAUCCUCAGUUGCUUUCUCCCUUCGCACCUGUCAGCCCUCCCUCAGCACCAGCAGAUCAGACAUACACUUUCACAAUUAACCAGACCGACAUUGUGACAUGGGUAGUGAAUGACGCCUCGUACUCUGAGCCAAAAAUACCAAUCAUCCAGGGCAACGUAUCAGACGGUUGGCAGGCGAAUACGACCAUCCAUGUGCCGUCCAACUCAACGAUUGAUAUUAUUAUGAGGAUUGCAAAUGAUUCGAUGGAUACGAUGAGCCGUCCCAUGCACCUACACGGCCACAAAUUCUGGGUGCUUGGGUCCGGUACCGGCUCUUUCCAGUAUGAUUCCGCGACGGACGCCCCAGAAUCCCUAAUAAAUCUUCGAAAUCCUCCUUAUCGUGACACAACUAAUCUUCCUCCGUCAGGAUGGGCCGUGAUCCGGUAA